GCAAAGCGGUUUAAGUUAAAAUGAGAAGGGUUUUGUUUUCAAUAAAGACAACUGGAAAGCCGGGAAGGUUAGGCUUUAAGGCCAAUCCUUUUCCUCAAUAUGACUUUCUCCGAUCAAAUAUUCCGGCAUUUAGCUUUAGUACAUCGAAUAUGAAUAAAUCUGAACCCAAGCCGAAGGUUGAGUUGCCUAUCUUCAGCAGCGAAUAUUACACAAAAACUAAAGCUCAUGCGGUUAUGUUAAAUCAGGAAAAAGUGAAGCAUGAAUAUGAUUUAAAAAAUGCUUAUGAUGAGUACCUUUCUUUUCUGAAAUCCAGGGAAAUUUCCGAAAAGUUAAAAUGUAAAAGUUGUGGUACAGGGCCUUUGCAAAGUAAUGAUUCAGGCUCAGAUAAGUACUACAAACCACCAAAGUUUAGUGCCCAAAUAGGUUUUAAAAAAAACAUAGGCCAUCUGCAGAAAAAUCAACUUUUCACUGAAGCGGAAUUGGCAUUGAAAAAAGAAAUGGGUAUUUACGACGAGGCCUCUAAUCUGGCUGAAGAAAAGGAAAUAGUGUUUGAACAGAAAGUCAAGCAGUUGGCCGAACUUGCGAAUUCUAAGGUUGAGUGUUUACGUUGUCAACAACUAAAUUCGCAUGGUGUCUUUGAUAUAUUUGGCCAACAAAUCGACCAAGUCUUGGAGAAGAUUCCGUCAAACGGAAAGAUAGUGAACAUUGUGUCAAUUCUUGAUUUUCCACUUUCCUGCAGCAAAGGGAUAAUAAAAGGAAGAGAUCCCAAAGAUAUUUGGCACGUUGUUACUAAAGCUGACUUGUUUUUCAGACAAGAAGUGCAACUUAACAGAACAGGUCUACAAUAUGUACAAGAAGUACUGGAGAAAUAUUUAGAUGCCGACCCUGAGAAAGUAUUUUUUGUUUCCACUACAAAGUCGUGGAACAAUGAGGAGCUUUUGCAAAAGUUGCCUGGUGGUGAUCUCUAUUUUGUAGGAAGGGCAAAUGCUGGUAAAAGCAGUCUAAUAAAAUCAUUGAUAGCAUCUACUCAUGGCGUGGACACACAAAACGUUUUAGCCAAAAAAAUAGAAAAGAAAAGUAUGAAUUAUUUGGAAAAACUUGGACUUGAUUCACCUGGUACAUCACAUAUUCCAGGAUAUACAAGAGACUUUCAAAAAUUCAAAAUUAAUGAUAGGAUAACUGUUUAUGAUACACCAGGAAUCUUUCCGAAUGACUUGGGUUUCUACAAAUAUUUGACUGAAAAACUUGCAAGGAAACAGCCAAAGUAUACAGCUUUUGUUGCUGAAGAUAAAAAAAGGUACAAAAAGCUGGAUGUCAAAGGCCCAAAGGUCUUUAGUGGGAAGAGUCUAUACUCUUACGGAGGAUUCUUCUAUUUGCAGCCACCAAAGGGUGCUAUUUUCAAAAGGUGUUUGGCUUUCAAAUUAGGGGAAAAGACAUUUGAAGCAAGAUACAGUAAGCUAGGCAGAGCUGAGGAGAUAAAUGAAACCAGGCCAAAGCAAAUUGGAAAUAGGUUUGGUGUGACGAAAGAAGCUUUUUACAACUUGAAAAGAUACGUUAUACCUCCAUUUUACGGAACUGUUGACAUUGUCAUACAGGACCUCGGUUUUCUAUCUAUAAAAAUGACCAGCUCACCCGAUGAUGUUGACGGACUAUUUCAAAUAUGGGUUCCAGAAGGUGUUCGCGUGAUCGUGCGUGAAUCAAUCUUCAACUUCUUGUACAAAAGCCACGAUCUGGUUGAUGAAACCGGAAACAAAUUAAAGAAGGAAAACAUAUCUAAGAGGGGUGCAACUAGACUCAGAGCAAUUUUUGAUGAAGAUAAACUACAUUUUACUGAACUUGUUCAAGUCCCGGUCAACGAGUCAGAUGAGCAGGCUUUUCUCAGUGUAUGUCCACCUGGGGAUAUGAAAAUAAGCAACACUGCUGAUUCCCAAGAGGAAUACAAGAAUCAAUACUGGAGGAAAAUAAAGAUAUAGAGGGCCUUCGGCUUGUAGGGUUUGGAUAAAAGACAAAUGUAACAUGUAAAUAAAGAUAGCAUUAAACGCAAAGUUACCCGGCGCGAGAAUUCACAACUUGUUCGAAUGUGGAAAAAAAGUUGCGGAAAUGAAAACAUGUAAAUCCAUUUAAACCUGACAGCCCCAACAGACUGCGUAAAACGUUCUAUACAUUUAAAAAAACUAGUUAUAGAGGCUAUAUCAAGCA